GUUCUAACUCGAAGAAAGUUUGACUUCCUUCCCAGAGCGAGCUCCCCUGGUCUCCUGUCUUGAAACUGAGGCAAAGGUAUUUAUCAUCAGUGCUACCUGCAAACCUGUGAAGAGAAAGGUUAAUGUCUGUGUCACUGAAUACUCUUCUUACUGCUGUUUGUAAAUUCCCUCCGAUUGGGGAUUACUUCUGCUUAUGCAGAAAUUAUCUGUGUAAUUUAUAACUAUCUCUGGCCAAAACCUCAGAAAAAAAGAUAUGCUUCUGACUUAGCCGGAUGUCAGAGGCUGCGGCAGGACUUGGGGAGAAGGCUCUGCAGAUGGCAUGAGGCUCUGGGAGCGAUGAUUCCAACGGAGGGAUAGCUUCUUGGAACUUUUUUCUCCCGAGAAGAGUGACAGUUAAAAAGAGGAAAAAAGCUACGAUCAACACCGUUGCCAACGAAAUAGGAGAGGGAGUGCUUUCAAAGCACUUGGGGCUGUCGCUGGGCUCUGAGCUCAUCCACGGGACUGGGACGCACGGCCAUGGAGUAGAACUUCACCGUGGGUCUGAGAAGAGACGGAAAUGGCCCACCAAAUCAGCCUCAGUUCCCUCCAGGAGUCGGAACGCGAAGUGAUCCUCCAGGUUUUGUACCGGGACCGGGAGGUUCAAAACACGGAGGCGGAGCGGAUACGGAAACUGAAGACGCGCCUGCAGCAUCUCAGGUGGAAAGGCGCCAAGAGCGUGAGCCAUGAGUACAAAGAGAAGUCCUGUGCCCGCUGCCAGCAGACCCUGGGGCUCCUGCUGAACCGGGGAGCCGUGUGUCGGGGCUGCAGUCACCGCGUGUGCAGCGAGUGCCGGGUGUUCCUGAGGCGGACCCGCGCCUGGAAGUGCACAGUGUGCUUCGAGGACAGAAAUGUGAAAAUAAAAACUGGAGACUGGUUCUUCGAGGAACGAGCCAAGAAAUUUCCAACUGAAGGCAAGCACGAGACAGCCGGAGCAAAGCUCUUGCAAUCUUAUCAGAAGCUGAGCAGCAAGAUCUCCGUGGUGCCUCCCACCCCUCCGCCUCACAGUGAAAGCCAAUGUAGCGGCAGCCCUGCCAGGUUGCAGGAACUAAGGCAGUUUAAAGGAUUCAAUAAGUCCGUGGAAAAUUUGUUUCUGUCUGUCACCACCCACAUGAAAAAACUCUCCAAGUCCCAGAAUGACAUGAGCUCUGACAAGCAGCACCCGGAGACGGUCCCCAGGCAGCGUGAGGGCCGGCCGGAGAGGAGGAGCCUGUCCGACACGGCGAUCAACGCCAGCACCAGGGUCAGCACACCAGAUAUUCUGAAACCUCUCAGUCCAGAGAGCCCCAGACGCCUUACGAGCCCUGUUCUGAAGCAAGAAGACAUCUCAUCCAGUCCAGUGCUCAACAGUUUGUUCUCAGGAGGCUUGAGACAGGGAAGUUUAAUCAGCAUUAACAGCACCUGCACAGAGAUGGGCAAUUUUGACAAUGCUAAUGUCACUGGAGAGAUAGAAUUUGCCAUUCGUUACUGCCUCAGAACUCAUUCUUUAGAAAUAUGCAUCAGAGCCUGUAAGAACCUUGCCUUUGGGGAGGAAAAGAAGAAAAAGUGCAAUCCGUACGUCAAGACCUAUCUGCUGCCUGACAGAUCAUCCCAGGGAAAACGCAAGACCAGCGUCCAGAAAAACACGGUGGAGCCGACCUUUCAGGAGACCUUGAAGUACCAGGUGGAGCUGGCCCAGCUGGCCAGCCGGCAGCUGCAGGUGUCCGUGUGGCACCUGGGCGUGCUCACCCGGAGGGUGUUUCUUGGAGAAGUGAUCGUCCCUCUGGCCACGUGGGACUUCGAAGACAGAGCAUCGCAGUCCUUCCGCUGGUAUCCGCUCCAAGCCAAGGCAGAGAAAUCAGAAGACAGCCUUCCCACCAAUAACGGAGAACUUGCAGUCCGGGCCAAGCUGGUCCUCCCUGCAGGGCCCAGAGAGCUCCAGGAGGCUCCAGAAGGGACAGGAGACGAGCCAUCACAGAACGGUCAGCUCUGUUUGGUGGUGCUGGGAGCCAAGAAUCUACCUGUGCGGUCAGAUGGCACCUUAAACUCAUUUGUUAAGGGAAGAGGACCUGCCCGGCGGCGCGCACACAAGCUCACAGGCAAAGCUCCAGUGGCAGAAAGUUCUUUCCAGCCCCAACCUGUGGACAGACAUGACCCUCAUCCUGCGCUGACUGCUGCGGGGCCCCUCACAGUGAACCUGCCCAUCCGUAGCCAGCCCACCACUGAGACGUUCUUCCGGACCCUUCCAUGUGUAUUUAAGUUAAACAGAUCAAUCAUCGAUGCAUACACCUUACUGAGUCUCGGGUUGGUUGUCUGUGCUUUGAGAGAUGUACAAAAUGACCAGAUUUCAAUAAAUGUGCACCAGGUACCCUGGUUCCCCUGUGCUUAGCAAAUAGUGAAAUUAUGUGUCUCAAAGAGGAAAGACCAUGGUGAGUAUUUAAUCCCUUCCCCCUUGGCUGUGGAAAACUGUUUCUGGAGGCGAUCAGCAGGGAGUCAUUUCGGCCAGGUAAGGGUCACCUGAGGAAUGCCGGCCUCUCAGCGCAGCUGCCAGCCUGUGCGGACAGAGGGUCAGAGAAAGGCCCCUUGCCGCUCCAGCGCCUGCCUGGAGACACAUGCCGCUGCCUCCUGCCUUGGGUUCAUCCCCGCAGGACGUCUCAAGGGGAAAGGACAGGAAGGCCGGGGAUGAGCAGAUAGCUACCAGCUCUUCGCAGGCGUGCUCGGGAGCAGGAGGUGGUCAGAGCAGGUUCUGCCUGUGGAAGGACUGAGAUCCUAACCAGGUCAGAAGGGCCCUCACGGCUGGUGUCCGAGUUAUCAGAACAGCCUGUGUGGCUUUCGCAAAUAAGCAGCUCUGAUAGAAAAUUCAAAUGCGCGCAUAGUCAGUUACACACAAAAAGAACACUAAAAGCAAAACCAAAAAAAAAAAAAAAAGUCAUUUCCCAGAUGUGAAGCCAGCAGUCGACCAGCCUUCCUUACUGCCCUCGGGUCAUGUCAGAUUCAGGGCCGUGGUUUUUAAUAUGUAAUUCUUUUAUUAUUCUGUAAAAGGUAACAAAAUAUACAGAAUGAAACUUU